AUGACUUCAGGACCCCAAAUAUUGCGAAUCAAGCGGAAACGGACCGACGACCCGUUACAGGCGCUACUGGUGGAGAGCCAGGGCUCCAAGCGGAGCAAGAAGGCCGAUUUCAUGUUCAAAUUAGCCCGGACAGACGAGACAAACAACGAGGUGGACGGGUCCAAAGUGCUGGAGCGCGACUCCACCACCGACGGACGGAUGGUGUUCAACCUGCCCAAGAAGGACGACGAGUUGGACCCGAAUUUGAUGGAGAUGUUGUCGGAAUAUCUGCGAACUAGCGAUAUCAAGGAAGAGCACCACAAGCCUCCGAAACGGCGUCUUUCGAACGCCAACGCGGACCAGGAGAUGCCCAAAGCGCAGAACAAGGACGACGGCGACUACGUCUACGACGUUUACUACCGCGACAAGGCGGUGACGGAGCAAUGGGAAAAGGACAAGAUUGGAUACAUCCAGUUCAACGAGGACGAUAUGGCCACAAUUGACGAGCAGGACGAGCCGGCGGAACAAACGGACGACGAGGACUCGAACGACGAGAAUUUCUACAGAAACGAUUAUCCAGAGGACGAAGACGGAGGGUACGAGGACACUGACAGUGAGGAGCCGAGCGACGACCAGGACGACGAGUUUGUGAUUCUGCAUGACCGGCGCCGGUUCAGUACGCAGGACGUUCGCGAAACAGAGGGGCUCACGCAAGACGAGGUGGAGGCGUUGUACCACCGGUUUGACGAGAGCGUUUUGGAGGACGAGUGA